GGCAGACAUGAGGCGGUGGUGAGAGCCCGGCGGAGCACACACGGAGCGGCUCACACCGUGCAGUGCGGCUCAGGAAGAGGCUCAGCGCCGCCAAAGCUGAAGGCUGCUCCGGCUGAAUGAAGGGUCCAUGCGGAGGCUAGCGCUCAUUCUGCUGCCCUGUGCUGUCGCCGUCCUGGUGCACUUGUGGUUGGCACAACGACCCUCCUCCAGCCCGCUGGACAACAACACACACUCGGAUGAAUCGUUACCUUUCUAUGACGUUUUGGUGGGAGUGCUGUCAGCAAGACACCAUUAUGAACUGCGACAAGCGAUAAGGCAGACCUGGCUGGGCUACAUCCGAGACCACCCUCACUUCCAGCUCAGAGUGGGGGUGAAGUUCAUCGUCGGAGAACAUGGGUGUUCCAUUCCAGAGGAGGAUAGAGAGGAUCCAUACUCCUGCUCCCUCCUGAACUUUACAAAGCCAGUGGUGGGGCCGGAUGCAGAGAUAGAGAUCGUGAAGGUGUCUGACCCCUCGCUGCUCGCCCCCUCCGACGUGUCUGCCAUCGCCCUGGAUUUCAAAGUUCUCCACCCAGUGGUGAUCACGAGGCUGGGGGUGUUUCCCAGCGGGACCCAGCCCGAGCUUCAAAGCAAUGUGACGGUGAAGCUUCUCCAGCUCGACCAGGAGGAGGCUGUGGUCACGGCUCGCUUCAGUGCCAUCAGCACCGGCACCGUGGUGAGCGGGGUGUGGUACAAACCAGUGGAGCAGUUCAUCUUGCCCAAGGGUUUUGAGGGGACACUGGUCUGGGAGAAUUUGGAUUCUGCUGGAUUGACCACGGUCAACUCGUCUUCUGUGCAGCUCAAUGACGGAGGAGGUGUCCUCAAGAUCUCCUCUAUCGCCGAGGGCUUAUUGCCUCAUAGAAGUGCGCUUGGAUUUCCCGGUUUGGCUGGAGGGUUCACAUUUACUAUCUAUGAUGAGGACGGUCUGUCGGGGCUCCUGCAGGGCCGCCCGGCCAGGAUGGAGCGCCAUGCCUCCAGGCUGAGGGAGGAGGACGCCGCCCUGCAGCAGGAGAGCCUCCGGCACGGAGACAUGGUGUUCGUAGACGUGGUAGACACCUACAGGAACGUGCCUUCCAAACUGCUUCAGUUCUAUAAAUGGUCUGUGGGAAACGCUGACUUUAAUCUGCUGCUGAAGACGGAUGAUGAUUGUUACAUCGACGUGGACUCAGUAUUAAUGAAGAUUGACCACAAGGGUCUCAAGCGCAGCAAUUUCUGGUGGGGGAAUUUCAGGCAGAGCUGGGCAGUGGACCGCAUUGGGAAGUGGCAGGAGCUGGAGUACCCGAGUCCCGCCUACCCAGCGUUCGCCUGCGGUUCGGGCUACGUGGUCUCUCGUGACCUGGUCCAGUGGCUCGCCAGUAAUGCGGAUAAACUGAAGGCCUACCAGGGAGAAGAUGUGAGCAUGGGGAUAUGGAUGGCAGCUGUUGGACCACAGAAAUAUCAGGACCCCGGCUGGCUGUGUGAGAAGGAGUGCUACCUGGAUAUGCUGUCGUCUCCCCAACACACCGCCGAGGAGCUGCACACCCUCUGGGACAGGAAGAGGGCCUGUGGAGACCCCUGCGGCUGUCCCUGGGGCCACUAAGUCUAGCUCCCAGCACAAGUACCACGCGGCACUGUGGGUAAUAUGCACUCAGCACUUGGUGUAAGUUCAGUUUCCGUAAAACCCCAACCUGACUUGUUUUACUUUAUGAUUAAAACACUUGAGAUUUGGCGACUUCCUGUUGGAAAAUAAUCUUAAACAUUUUAGAUUUCAUUGCAGGUUCUUAAUAUCAACAAAAUACUGUACCAACAUUAUAAACCAUAUGCAGCUCUAGAAUAUGUUAAAAACUCACAUGUAGCAUAAUGUCAGCAUUUGUAUCAGGAACUUGAUUAUUUAGUUUGAGAAUGAAAAUGUCUUCAGUUGAACAGACAAAGGUGGAGAAAGACUGGAUUAAAAAAUGUUUUUAGUAAUGUGAUCACUGAAAGGGAUGGACAAGACCCAUGCACAAUAGCAGCAUGUGGUUAUUGUGUACAGAAUCACUGCUGUAGGAGUUGGUUACUUUGUAAUAUUGUAAUUAUUGGUACUCUGAUAAACCGUUUGGUUUAAAAGCGAUAUUUGAUGGACAUUUAAAGAUGAUGACAUUGCUUUAUUUUGUAAAUUAUUGUCUAAACCUUUUCAUCCUCCUUCACAAUUUGUAGAUUUACGAUGAGCUUUAUUACAAUCACACACAGUUUGUACUGUAACCGUCAUUGUGCAAAUAGUGAUGUGGCAUUACUGUGUUUGUUAGGGGUCAUACUGUGUGUAUGUUAUAACACUUGUGCUAUCAACACAGAUUUGCAACGCACAGUUUUGAAACUUGGAUCAGCAGUCAGUGACUGCUCACUAUGUUGGCACUGCUUUUAUGAAACCCUCCUCACAGGAAAUAAAGAGAGAUGAAUGAC